CCCGCCCCUGUACGCAAGAUAAUUCACCAAAGCGGGAAGACGGUGAACCUUAUCCUUGCGAGAGUUUCCCCUCCUCCUAUCGCCAUCAUCUCUAGUGUGCGCACCGAUAGGUGAAAGAGGGCGUGGCCCGGGAACUGCUAGCCAGCUGCGGAAAAUAAGCUCAACCUCCUUACUGGCUCCUCGCAUAGCGCGGCCUUCUGUUUACAAGUGGGCCGCACCCCCUCACAUGGACCCCUGAAUGUACCUAGCUGUCAGAUACAAAUCCGCGACACGCAGACUGCUCCUCCUUCGUCCGCGUCACGUGGUGGCUCCGCGCAGUGCCGAACUUGUUGCCAUAGAAACCGCGGGCUAUAGGAAUCGGUCGGCCCCGCGGGGCUGCCAAGGGGAUGUUAAACAUGCAGCAAAGAAUACAUGAUGAGCCUGAGGUGCCCCGACCACCGGGCCAGACCUGUGAAGUGCGGUACCCGGGGCCCCGGCCUUUGCGCUUGAUGGAAUGGAAGGUUUCAGUGGGGGGAUCUGUGCAGAUCGGUUCAGUACUGGCCUUAGGAGUCUCGAUCCCUGGUGCGGAUGCCAGAGAGCAGCGUGUCCACGAUGAAUCGGGAAAGCCACACAGAGUGCCAGAAAGGAAAGUCAAAUCAGAUCGGGCUGGAGUUGUGCUGGAGCUAUGUGUGCAGCCGGGGCAGGUCAUCUGCACAGGGGGUGUUUUAGUGAGGUUAUCGAGCUGUAACCAUCCUGUGGUUAUGAAGGGUUUAUGUGCAGAAUGUGGACUGGAUUUGACACAGCUGCAAAGCAAGAAUGGAAAGCAGCAGGUGCCAUUUUCAACUGCCACUGUCUCUAUGGUCCACAGCGUCCCAGAGCUAAUGGUUAGCUCUGAGCAAGCUGAACUGCUUGGACGUGAAGACCAACAUAGAUUACAUCGAAACAAGAAAUUAGUUCUCAUGGUUGAUUUAGACCAGACAUUAAUCCAUACCACAGAACAGCAUUGUCAGCAUAUGUCUAGAAAGGUCUCUGAGGAGCACCUUCCUCUCAUGUCGGGAUUUUUAGACCCUGAAAAAAAACUCUUUUCUCAUCGAAUAUUGUCCAGAGAUGAAUGUAUUGAUCCCUUUUCAAAAACUGGGAACCUUAGGAACCUUUUUCCCUGUGGAGACUCCAUGGUUUGCAUAAUAGAUGACCGUGAAGAUGUUUGGAAAUUUGCUCCCAAUUUGAUUACAGUAAAAAAGUAUGUCUACUUUCAAGGGACAGGCGAUAUAAAUGCUCCUCCUGGUUCAAAGGAAGCCCAGAUGAAAAAGAAAGUAUGUGGUUCAAAAGCAUCUGAAAUGUCAGAGGAGCCCGAGUCUCUUGUACGAGAUGGUGAACAGUCAAAGGUUGAUCUUCCAGAGGAACAAAGCAAUGGUUUUGGGAAAUGUCGAAAGGAGGUCAACGGGGGAAAUAAUGAACUUUCAAAAAGGGAGUGUGAAACCAAUGAUAGACUACUGGAACAAGACAAUGUCACUGAAAACCAAACCAAUGUUUUAGAUAGUAAGAAUGUUGCACAAUGUACAGAUACACUGUCUUCUUUAGAACAAGAUGUUGGCAAAGUGCAGGCAAAAACUGGUGCAUCAAAGGAUCUAGACUUUGACUUGUCCAGUGAUAGUGACAGUGAAUCAGAUGUUCAGAAAACACCAUCCUCUUCUUCAGGUAGUGAAAAUGAAGGCAAAAGAGCCUGGAGAAAAUCUAAAAAGCUUGAGGUAGAAUCUUCAUGUUCAAAGGAGCAUCUUACUGAAGACUGCUCUGACAAACUUUGCUCUGAAAACCAUUCUGGUGCUAACAGUCAUACACCCCAACUGGAAGAUAAGUCUGUAGCAGUUGAUGAUAUGGAAGUUCAGGUUGAAGUGCAGGAUAGCCUUUGUGACCUAGGCAAUGGUUGUGUAGAUAAGAAGGAGAUAGAAACUGAAUCUCAAAAUAGUGAACAGUCUGGUAUCACUGUGGGAGAAUCGCUUGAUCAAAGCAUGGAAGAGGAUGAUGAUGAUGAUAACGAUGAUCUGGAUGAAGAUGAUCAUCUGAUUUACCUUGAAGAGAUACUAGUGAGGGUACAUACAGAUUACUAUGCCAAAUAUGAGCGUUUUUUGAAAAAAGAGGUUGAUGAGAUGCCAGAUAUACGUAAUAUAGUACCAGAACUUAAAAGCAAGGUGUUGGAAAAUGCUAUCAUUGCAUUCAGUGGCCUUCAUCCCACAAACUAUCCAGUAGAGAGAACUCGAGAACAUUAUCAUGCUAGGGCGUUAGGAGCAAAGAUCAGUAAGAAUCUGAUCUUAAAUCCUGAUGACCCUGACAGGGUGACACAUCUUAUUGCAGCAAGGGCAGGUACAGAAAAAGUCAGACAAGCUCUGAAUUGUGUACACCUUUAUGUUGUAAAUCCUGAUUGGCUGUGGAGUUGUUUGGAACGAUGGGAAAAAGUAGAAGAGCAGCUGUUUCCAUUAAAGGAUGAUUACAUGAAGUCUCAAAGAACAAUAAGCCCUAGCACUUUUCCUGAUGUACACAGUGCAUUUCAGACGCCUCUUUUUCAUCCAACCCCUAUUCAUCCGAAGACCCAACCAGGUCCUGAAGUCCGUUUAUAUGAUCCAGUUACUGGGAAGCUUAUCCGAAAGUGUUCCCAAAGCUCCAGCCAGUCAACAUAUGCUCCAGCACCAUGUCCAUCUUCAACGUUACCAGCCCAUGGAGAGCAUUCGUCCUUCAGAGUUGUUCAACCUCAUCAAGAUGAACUGUUUGAUGAUGAAGAGCUACCCACUGCAAGUCCUGAUGAGGAACAGUCAGGCCCAUCCCGGAGAAAGAGGCAGCCAAGUAUGUCAGAGAGCAUGCCUCUAUACACACUUUGUAAAGAGGACUUGGAGAGCAUGGAUAAAGAAGUUGAUGACAUCUUAGGAGAAGGCAGCGAUGACAGCGACAGUGAAAAGAAGACUGUGAAAGUAAAGAAAACACAGAGCACAGCACAAGAAAAAACAGUUAAGAAUCCUGAACAUAGUACAGAAUCAUCUUCUUCAAGUGAUAGAAGUUUACUAGGGAAUGCAAAUCGAGGCCAAAAGAGAAAAUUGGAAGAGGAGGAGGAAGAUGGUGCAAGUGAAUCCAGUAAAGAGUCAAGCAAUGAGGAUGAAGAAGGAAGCAGCUCAGAAGCAGAUGAAAUGGCAGCAGCACUUGAAGCUGAGCUUAAUGACUUCAUAUAACAUCCUUCCCGCCACCGGAAUCAUUAGUAGCUCUUGUAGUUGCUGGCAUAAAUGGACUUUCAUUGCUUUCUUUGUUUUUGUUGUUAUCCCUUUUUUUCACUUUGCUUUUCAGAAAUGUCUGUAUAUUUUGCUGAGAACACAAAAGGGGACUGUUUUUAUACACAUUUUGAGCAAAUUGUUUUAAAAGUGUUUUACAUAACAAACGUAUCCUUUUUUGUCUUUUUGAAGAAAAAAGUAUUAUGGGAAAUUAUUGUGCUAUGCCAAAGACUUGUCAUUGGAGCUUUAUAUAAUGGAAAAGUUUGUUACUUUUUUGGGAUAGGGGUCAACAAGAUCUGUAGUUGUGUCCUUCCUGACUAUAUCAACAUAGGACUUUUUUUUUUUUUUAAGGAAUACAAUUUAUAUUUGUAUAGAUAUAGAAAAUGUCAUACAAAUGUUGCAGAAUUUACAGAUGUCAUAUGCCUCUAAUGACAAUGACUAAAUUUAAUGUUUUUAUAAGUUACUUUGUGCUCUAGUUUGGAUUUAUUAUAAAACAGUGUUUAGAUUUUUAACCUUUUCCUCUCUCUGUAUAAAAUAUAAGACUGAAGUGACAUACUGUCAUGGGAAUCAUACUCAUUUGUGGCCAUCUAGAGGAAAAAUGAGCUAUAGCAUAGCCUGAAAUAGGGUUUUAUUAAAUUGAGAGGACUAAUGUAAAUUUUUUGUAUAUUCUAUUUCAUAUUUGAUCCACAGAACAGAUUUUCUUUCAUUUAAUAAAAUAUCAAUUUUGUAGA